CAUCGGUUUCUUUUUUAAAGAGAAGAAGUAUUUUCGUAAUAAAACGGGUGCGCGAUACAAGGAUCCGGGAUAAACGAAUUUCGAAAAAAAAGGUGGCACAUAUAAUUCACAGUGAUUUUUUGGAUAAUUCAUCUAUCUCGUCGGAAUUCAGCUGGGAGUCGAGAACCAAACGCCACCCAUGCUUUAGUGAAGGUGAAAUCAAGGAAGAAAGCCGGGCCGCAAGAUGUGGCGCGUAAUAGUCAGCGCACUUCUCCUGGCGGUGCCAGCUAGGGCGAAGGUGUCCGUCUUGCCCCACGACGUCUACCCGGGCUUCGAGGUGAAGCAGCUCCACGGGGCGGGUCGGGAGCCGUCGAACUACCGGCUGCUGGAGACGGGAUUCUCAAAGUACUUCGCGGUCCUGGACAACGGGAUGGUGAUGACAACCUCGGACCUUACGCCGCUGGUGAACCGGCCGGUGAACCUGAUCGUCCUCGAGGAGCUGGGCAACCGGACCCAGACCCACGACCUCCACCUCUACGUCCUCGACAGGAAGAACAUGCUCACGUUCUCUCACGGGCAUCUGGGUGACGGCAAGGUGGCGGAAAACGCCCCGGCGGGGACGGUGGUCGUCGGUUUCCCGGUGCUACACGCAUCCGGGAACUUCCCGGUCCACUACAAGAUCCUGCCCGAAGUCGGCGACCGGCCCUUUGUUCUAAUGGACACGCGGACCGGGAACAUGGGUGCUAAUUUAACCUUGAAGAGCUCGGUCCAGGGGGUUAGAGUCGUGACGUCACGACCCCUGGACCGCGAGACGAAGCAGAGUUACACGGUGGUCAUCCACGCCUCCGACUCCGACUUCAUAAGCAGGUCCAAGAUUAGUGGGCGAGUUACGGUACUCGACGAGAACGACAAUAGCCCGGUAUUCGAGAGCGAGGUGUACAGGUUCGUCAUAAAGCCAACGAACUUCGGGGCGUCGCCGAACGACGCGGUUGCCGAGUGGAAGAGGUUCUCCACCAUCGGCAAGGUCCGGGCGACCGAUGCAGACGGCGACAAACUCGCCUACAGGCUCGUUGCUCCCAGUAAUCUUGUCGUGAUCGUACCGCAGACGGGGGAGAUCCUCCUGACGGGAGACCCCCAGAGCUCUUUGGAGGAGGACAUGGAGGUGGAAAUCAUGAUCGAGGCUCACGACGUUAGGACGCCGAGCAGGACCAGUGAGAAGCCGGCAAAGGUACUUUUGCAGUUUGUCACCUCAAUACCGAUUCGGGAGGAGCAUCGAAUCGAGAAACGACGAGUCACCAGGGCCGUUAGACCUACGAAGAAGGUGGAAUUCAGUGAGACCAGCGGCGAGGAAGAAGGUAAAGUCGUGUUUCAGCUCGAGAAGGAAACCGAGAGGGAAACGUUCAAGAUCAAGGAUGAGAAUCAGUGGGUCACCGUUACGGCAAACGGAUCCGUAAGGGUUCGCCAGAAGUGGGACUACGAGGAACUUGGACCUGAGAAAACCAUUGACUUCUGGGUCAUAAUCAAUAACGCUGGCAUUGGUGGAUGGUGCGCCAAGCAUUUCGACCUCCUCUGUCGAUUCCCACAUGAUACUGAUAACCAGCGCGUUAUCAUCCACGUCAAAGACGUCAAUGACGAACCACCCCGUUUCAUCAAUCGACCAUUGCCCAUGCAAGCCGUGGUUCAGCUGAACGCGCCACCGAACACUCCGGUCUUCACACUCCAAGCAAGAGAUCCAGACACAGAUCACAACAUCCAUUAUUUCAUCGUCAGGGAUCGAACUGGCGGUCGAUUCGAAGUAGACGAAAGAUCAGGUGUGGUGCGAACUCGAGGUACAGACCUCUUUCAAUUGGACAUGGAAUACGUCCUUUACGUCAAAGCCGAGGAUCAGAACGGACGAGUGGACGACAGGCGGUACCAAUCCACCCCCGAAGAACGACUAUCCAUAGUCGGUGGUAAACGGGCUCCUCAAUUUUACUUGCCAUCUUACGAGGCCGAGAUUCCGGAGAAUCAGAGAAAGGACUCGGACAUAAUAUCGGUGAAGGCGAAGUCUUUCGCAGACAGAGAAAUUCGCUACACUUUGAAAGCUCAGGGUCAAGGGGCUGGGACUUUCAACAUCGGUCCGACAUCUGGCAUAGUGAAAUUGGCCAAGGAAUUGGACUUUGAGGACGUCAGGCAGCCCCACGUUUACUCAUUAGUCGUAACCGCGACCGAAGACUCGGGAGGAUUUUCAACGUCCGUCGAGCUCACAAUUAGAGUUUCGGACGUCAACGACAACGCUCCGAAAUUCGAGUUGCCAGAUUACCAGGCUCACAAUGUCGACGAGGAUAUUCCGCUUGGUACCAGCAUCCUGAAAGUCAAAGCGAUGGACUCGGAUUCCGGGACGAAUGCGGAGAUAGAGUACAUCGUCUCGGAUGAUCACUUCAGCGUUGACUCGAACGGUAUUAUAGUAAACAACAAGCAGCUCGAUGCCGACAACAACAAUGCCUACUACGAGUUCAUUGUAACCGCCAAAGACAAGGGAGAGCCUUCGAAAACGGGAACGGCGACGGUGCGGAUUUACACGAAGAAUAAAAACGACGAGGAGCCAAAAUUCUCGCAGCAAGUCUACACUCCGAACGUGGACGAAAACGCGGGUCCGAACACGUUGGUCACUACGGUGGUCGCGUCGGACAAAGACGGGGACACAGUGAGGUUUGGUUUCGUCGGCGGCGGAACGUCGGCGGGUCAGUUUGUGAUCGAGGAGAUAACCGGGGUGAUUCGUCUCGACGGUAAAUCGAUUUCCCUCGACCGGGACAAGUACGAGCUGAACGUGACUGCUCUCGACGACGGGGCCUGUUGCUUGAAUGGUGCCGCCACCAUCCACACGAGCACAGCGGUCGUCGUCGUCUUCAUAACGGACGUCAACGACAACAAGCCGGUCUUCAAGGACUGUGGAACCUACUCGCCAAAGGUCGAGGAAGGUGCUCCGAACGGCAGUCCCGUCAUCAAAGUCCAGGCAACAGACAAGGACAAGGGUGUCAAUGGGCAGGUGAAAUACUCGAUUGUCCAGCAGCCGAAUCAGAAGGGGACGAAAUUCACCGUCGACGAAGAAACAGGCGAAGUUUCAACCAACAAGGUAUUCGACCGGGAAGGGGAUGACGGAAAAUUUGUAUCCGUCACAGUGAAAGCGACGGAUCAAGGAGAGCCGUCGCUCGAGGGUGUCUGUUCGUUUACAGUUGAAAUAACAGACGUCAAUGAUAAUCCGCCGCUGUUUGAUCGGCAGAAAUACGUUGAGAACGUGAAACAAGAUGCAAGUACGGGGACAAACAUAUUGAGAGUUUCGGCCUCCGAUGAGGAUGCGGAUAAUAACGGUGCUAUAGUUUACACGCUAACCGCACCGACGAAUCCACUUGAUUUGGAAUACUUUGAAAUACAGCCAGAGUCUGGUUGGAUCGUUCUAAAGAAAGCUCUCGACGGCUGUUUUCCACGAGACAGGUAUCGCCUGAGAGUGCGGGCAUCCGACAGAGGGACGCCACCCUCGUAUGCAGACGUGGACGUUGAGUUAGACGUCGUAGACAGAAACAAUAAACCUCCUGUGUGGGAUAUGAGUGUAUACGGCCCCAUUCACAUCAAAGAAAAUGUCACAGUGGGUACAAUAGUGACGUCAGUAAAAGCCAGCUCUGGCAUCGAGGGAAAUCCGAGAGUAUUUUACAGCCUAAUGCCAGGAUCAACCGCCCAAACGAACAAGUUUAAUACAUUCUACCUACAGCAAAGGGCGGACAAGGGUUUCACUUGGGCCGAUAUAAAAGUGAAUCAUCCCUUAGAUUACGAGAGCAUAAAGGAGUACAAUCUGACGAUUCGUGUCGAGAACAACGGGGCUCAGCAGCUCGCUUCUGAGGCAACGGUAUACAUAAUGCUCGAGGACGUGAACGACGAGAUUCCCCUGUUCACAGAACGGGAACAGGAAACCGUUUUGGAAGGGGAACCGAUCGGAACCAAAGUGACCCAAGUCAACGCGAUCGACAAGGACGGUACUUUUCCGAAUAACGAGGUGACGUAUUACGUGGUCGAGAGCGACAGGAACGAGGGAAAGGACUUUUUCGAAAUAAAUCAGCAGUCGGGCGAAGUCUUUACGAAGAUUGUCUUCGAUCGAGAAAAGCAGGGAGCUUACGCCCUCGAGGUCGAGGCGAGGGAUGGCGCCCCUUCCGCUCGGCCGAACAGCAACGGGCUUCCGAACUCUGUUACGAAAUUCAUUCGCAUUGGUAUAGCAGACAAGAACGACAAUCCGCCGUACUUCGACAAAGCUUUAUACGAGGCGGAAGUAGACGAAAAUGAGGACAUUCAGCACACGGUUCUCACAGUCACCGCCAAAGAUCACGAUGAGUCCUCGCGUAUUCGAUAUGAGAUCACGAGCGGUAACAUAGGCGGUGCCUUUGCUGUUAAAAAUAUGACGGGGGCAAUAUACGUUGCCGGGGCGUUGGAUUACGAAACGAGAAAGAGGUACGAGCUGCGUCUAGCCGCGUCGGAUAAUCUGAAAGAAAAUUAUACGACGGUUGUCAUCCACGUGAAAGACGUGAACGACAAUCCUCCAGUCUUCGAACGGCCGACUUACAGAACGCAGAUAACGGAAGAGGACGACAGGAAUUUGCCGAAGCGCGUUUUGCAGGUGACUGCGACCGACGGGGACAAAGACAGGCCCCAAAAUAUCGUUUACUUUUUGACCGGUCAAGGCAUUGACCCGGAUAAUCCGGCGAAUAGCAAGUUCGACAUAAACCGCACAACCGGAGAAAUAUUCGUGCUAAAGCCGCUGGACAGAGACCAGCCGAACGGAAGACCCCAAUGGCGAUUCACGGUGUUCGCCCAAGACGAGGGUGGUGAAGGGCUCGUCGGCUACGCGGACGUGCAGGUCAACCUGAAGGACAUAAACGACAACGCACCGAUAUUCCCGCAAGGCGUAUACUUCGGUAAUGUGACGGAAAAUGGAACGGCAGGUAUGGUCGUCAUGACCAUGACAGCGGUUGACUACGAUGAUCCGAGCGAAGGGACGAAUGCCAAGCUGCUCUACUCGAUCGAAAAGAACGUUAUCGAGGAGGAGACCGGCUCUCCGAUUUUCGAAAUCGAGUCAGACACCGGCGUUAUCAAAACCGCGGUCUGCUGUCUGGACAGAGAAAGGACGCCCGAUUACUCUAUACAAGUCGUGGCAAUGGACGGGGGAGGGUUGAAAGGAACCGGAACUGCGUCGAUACGCGUCAAGGACAUCAACGAUAUGCCCCCUCAAUUCACGAAGGAUGAAUGGUUCACCGAAGUCGAUGAAACGGACGGUUCAAACUUACCCGAGAUGCCCAUCUUGACCGUCACCGUUCACGACGAGGACGAAACGAACAAGUUUCAAUACAAGGUAAUCGAGAACAGCGGUUAUGGUGCCGAUAAAUUCACAAUGGUAAGAAACAACGACGGUACAGGUUCCCUGAAGAUAGUACAGCCAUUGGACUACGAAGACUUGCUCCAAAGCAACGGUUUUAGGUUCAGAAUUCAAGUGAACGAUAAGGGUGAGGACAACGACAACGACAAAUAUCACGUGGCGUAUUCGUGGGUAGUGGUGAAAUUGAGGGACAUAAACGACAACAAGCCACAGUUCGAUCGUUCGAACGUUGAGGUAUCUGUGGCAGAAAAUGCUGAUAUUGGCAUGAGUUUGGAAACGUUUAAGGCGACGGAUCCCGACCAGGGUGGCAAGAGCAAAGUGUACUACACGAUCGACCGGAGCUCGGAUCGCAAGCGGCAAUUCUCGAUCGACGAGGGCGGAACAGUGUCGAUCCAACGAAGCCUGGAUCGCGAAGAAACACCGAGGCAUCAAGUCAAAAUACUCGCCAUCGACGACGGUAUUCCUCCCAAAACGGCAACCGCAACCCUCACGGUUAUAGUCCUCGACAUAAACGACAACCCGCCGACGUUCUUGAAGGAUUACCGCCCGGUAGUUCCCGAGCAUAUUCAGCCGAGGAAAGUCGUUGAGAUUUUAGCCACCGACGACGACGACAGGUCCAAGAGCAACGGGCCACCGUUCACCUUUAGGAUGGACCCCAACGCGGAUGACGUUAUAAAAGCUUCGUUCAGGGUCGAAAGUGACACCAAGGGUGCAAACGGCGACGGAAUGGCGGUGGUAUCGUCGCUUAGAUCGUUCGAUCGAGAACAGCAGAAGGAGUAUCUGAUACCGAUAAUAAUAAGGGAUUCCGGAAACCCGCACAUGUCGGGUACUUCGACGUUGACCGUCGUGAUCGGAGACGUAAACGACAACAAGAUGCAGCCUGGAGCAAAGGAGAUAUUUGUUUACAACUACGCUGGCCAAUCACCGGAUACCGACAUAGGCAGGGUGUUCGUUUACGACUUGGACGACUGGGACUUGCCGGACAAGAAAUUCUACUGGGAAGGCCUGGAACACCCCCAGUUCAAGCUAAACGACGAGUCUGGGAUGAUAUCAAUGAAGUCCGGGACCCACGACGGGAAAUACAACCUGCGGUUCAAGGUUUACGACAGGAAACACACCCAGACCGACGUCCCCGCGAACGUAACUGUCACAGUUAAAAGCAUACCCCACGAAGCGGUUCUGAAUUCCGGCUCAGUCAGGAUAUCGGGAAUAACGGAUGAGGAUUUCAUUCGUAUUUGGAACUAUAGGACGCACGGGCUCUCACGAAGCAAGGCUGAUUUAUUCCGGGAUAAGCUUGCCGAUUUACUGAAUAUCGACAGAGAAAAUGUCGACGUGUUCAGUGUGCAACUGCGUAGAAAACAUCCGCCUCUAACGGACGUUAGAUUCGCUGCUCACGGGUCACCGUACUACAAACCGGUACGAUUAAACGGAAUGGUUCUGAUGCAUCGCGAGGAGAUUGAAAAAGACGUUGGUAUAAACAUAACGAUGGUUGGAAUCGACGAGUGCUUUUACGAGAACCAAAUGUGCGAAGGCAGCUGUACAAACACACUGGACAUCAGCAAUCUGCCGUACAUGGUGAAUGCGAAUCGAACAUCCCUUGUUGGCGUCCGAGUGGACGUGAUAGCCGAGUGCACCUGCGGUGCUCGUAACUUCAGCAAAAGCGAAUCCUGCAGGAAUAGUCCAUGCUACAAUGGAGGUCGAUGUAUAGAGGGACGUUUUGGGUUAUCGUGUCAAUGUCCCACGGGGUAUAACGGUCCCAGGUGCCAGCAGACCGCUAGGAGCUUCAGAGGAAAUGGAUGGGCUUGGUAUCCGGCUUUGGAAAUGUGCGAUAACAGCCACAUGAGCUUUGAAUUUAUUACCAGAAAAUCUGACGGUCUACUAUUGUAUAACGGGCCUAUUGUGCCCCCUGAAGCCGACGAAGUUAUGGUGUCAGAUUUCAUUUCCGUUGAGUUGGAACGCGGUUAUCCAAGAUUGCUGAUCGAUUUUGGCUCUGGUACGUUGGAGCUAAAGGUAAAAACGAAACGCACUCUGGACGACGGAGAGUGGCACAGGCUAGACGUGUUCUGGGAUACCGAGAACGUAAAACUGAUCGUCGACUACUGCAAAUCGGCCGAAAUAUCGGAAAGGGAAGACGGAACGCCGCCAGAGUUCGAUGAUUCGAGCUGUCAGGCGCAGGGAAUAGUUCCUCCCUUCAAUGAGUACCUGAACGUAAAUGCUCCACUGCAAAUCGGCGGAUUAUACGUCGAGCAAUUCGAUCCGGCCCACUACAAGUGGAAGUAUAUGCCAGUCGGCAAAGGCUUUGACGGUUGCAUCAAGAACCUCUUCCACAAUAGCAAGCUCUAUGACUUGGCGCAUCCUGGACUCUCUAGAAACAGCGUAGCUGGCUGCCCCCAAACCGACGAAAUCUGCAACCACCAGGAGGCCACAUUCAGGUGCUGGGAGCAUGGCACCUGCGUCGGAAGCUUCUCGGAAGCUCGGUGCCACUGCAAUCCUGGAUGGACUGGACCCGGCUGCAUGUCACCAACCGUUCCGACCACCUUUAAGCCCCAAAGCUACGUCAAGUACGCCCUCUCCUUUGAACCAGACAAGUAUUCUACCCAAAUCCAGCUCAGAUUCAGGACCAGAGAAGUUCACGGUGAGCUGUUUAGGGUCAGUGAUCAGCACAACAGGGAAUAUGGAAUCCUUGAGGUGAAGGACAGCCGACUGCACUUCAGAUACAAUUUGAACAGCCUCAAGACUGAGGAGCGUGACAUCUGGCUAACCGCAAUCGCGGUUGACGAUGGUCAAUGGCACACGGUCAGAGUAUCGAGGUACGGAUCGGCCGCAACUCUCGAGCUUGAUGGCGGCGAAGGUCGUAGGUUCAACGAGACUUUUUCCUUCGAGGGUCACCAGUGGCUCGUUGUCGAUAAACAGGAGGGAGUGUAUGCCGGUGGCAAAGCAGAGUAUACGGGUGUAAGGACCUUCGAAGUCUACGCCGAUUAUCAGAAAGGAUGCCUGGACGACAUCAGACUGGAAGGAAAACAUCUUCCUCUGCCACCAGCAAUGAACGGAACUCAGUGGGGCCAGGCGACCAUGGCCAGGAACCUGGAGAAGCAUUGCCCGUCGAAUAAGCCAUGUGCAAACGUGAUCUGCCAGGGUCAGUUAGAGUGUGUGGAUCUGUGGAACGAAUAUGACUGCGCUUGCGGCGAAGGAAAGGUGCCGGGUCCGGACAACUCGGGGUGUGUAGACAAAAAUGAGUGCAUUGAUGAUCCCUGCUUGCACGGGGGGAAGUGCAUCAACCAAGAUCCUCAUUUGAGGUACAGAUGCGUCUGCCCCACGGGUUUCUGGGGUGAAAAUUGCGAGCUUAUUCAGGAGGGACAGACCCUCAAACUCAGCAUGGGAGCUCUUGCUGCGAUUCUAGUUUGCCUACUCAUUAUUCUCGUACUCGUGCUCGUGUUCGUUGUCUACAAUCGGAAAAGAGAAUCUCACAUUAAAUAUCCUGGGCCUGACGAUGACGUACGGGAAAAUAUAAUAAAUUACGACGACGAGGGCGGCGGGGAAGACGACAUGACGGCCUUCGACAUCACUCCUCUACAAAUACCAAUCGGCGGUCCGUUGCCAGAGAUGACGGGAAAAUUGCCAACGUGUAAAAUGGCCUACCCUCUGGGACCAGAGCCAAACGUAGGGAUGUUCAUAGAAGAUCAUAAGAAACGGGCGGACAGUGAUCCUAACGCACCGCCUUUCGAUGAUUUACGAAAUUAUGCCUACGAAGGUGGUGGAAGUACGGCGGGCUCCCUCUCGUCUUUGGCGUCCGGUACGGAUGACGAGCAGCACGAAUACGAGUACUUGGGUGCGUGGGGUCCAAGAUUCGACAAAUUAGCCGACAUGUAUGGACCGGUAGAAGAGAGCGAGGAGGAAGAAGAGAAUUGAAGGAAGUCCCGUAGACAAGAAACCUCGAAAUGGAUCUGAAUGAGGAGGUGCGCGGGCGACAUAAAAGGGCAUAAACACACCCACUUCUGUGGGCAUGAUGAUAAAAAUCCAACGAUGGGGGGGGGGGGGGGGUAAAUACUGAGUGACGCGUAAGGCACGCGGGUAGUCAAUGGAUCUAAAAACUCUACAAAGACACUAUAUACUUAUUAUUGUAAUAUAUAAUGAUACAUUACGUAAGUUAACUGCAAUUACUAAUAGCCCAUAUAUUUACCUGUGUGAAUAUGAACACACGCGAUGUGCAUACAUACACGAGUAUACAUACAGAAUACAUACAAACAUACAUAUAAACAUGCAUAGAUACACACGUACAUUCAUGCACAAUUACACACCUUUAGUGGAUACGGUAAAUGUUUCAUAUUUGCCUGUGUUUGUAUAAUAGUGACAUCGAUAUUAACGUUAUAACUAAUUGAUAAUAUGAUGAUGAUGAUCUCGUUCAAUGUAAAGUGAAGUAAAAGAAUAGAAGGGAGAAAGGAGAAAAGGUUAAGAACAGAGGGGGAAAAUUAUAUAAAUAACAGCAGUUUCGAGAAGCGAAACUGAGAUUUAAAAGAAAAAGAAAGAAAAAUGACUAAUUAAUAAAGAAAAAAAAAACAAUUAAAAACCAUACAAGUGUUGUAUAAACAAAGAGUGCAGGGAGCCUACGGCAUAUAUUGUAUGUGUUAUAUGGUGCGUACAUAUAAUAUGUAUGUAGAAAAAUUUAACCGUCGCGAUUAAUUAACAGUUAUUAUUGUAUACAGACGUACGUACGAAAUACAUGCAUACAUAAAUACAUACAUACAUACAUACAUACACGACACACAUUUAUAUCAUUCUGAAAACGGGAAUAUAUUACGUAAUUAUAAAUCAUCUAUAUAAUUCAUCCUCCUCAGCUCCAGCAAUCGCGAUUUCUACUAAAUUCAUAGGUAAUAUUAUCACGUUAUUAAGAAUAAAAUCACAGGUUUAAUAUAUACACGUAUAUAUGACUAUUAUAUAUAUCUGUAUAUAUUAAUUAAUUAUUAUCAUCCUUAUUAGGACGUUUCUGUACACGGAAAGUCGGGAUAAAUUUAAAUAAGUAGCUAAUUGUACCGAUGCGAUCCAUGCAAUAAUUUUUAUUCACGAUAUAAAAACAAACAGACAAAUAAACAAAAACAAAAUGAAAAUCGUAUAU